AUGCCGUCAUACAUACGUAAGAUAUACAUAGAAGUUGAAAAAAUUCCUAUUAAUUUUCAGAAAAAAGAAAAGUCUUGAAAAACGUUGAAAACGUUCAAUCCAAAAAAAGCAAGCAAAACCGGUUGAGGGAUUACUUAAGGGUACUUCGGAGUCAUUGACUCAGCUGUUCAAAAUGAUCUAAAAAUAAGAAAUAAUGUAUAAAACUGAUAGAAACGUAAAAAAAUAACAAAAAAAACUUUCGAAAUCUUCCAAGCACGUCGCGGUGUUUGCACAAUCUAAGACUACCGUAACGCAAAUUCGAAAAAUGAAAGCCUUUUUCAUUUUUUUAUAAAUAAUUAAUCAUUUUCAUCAUUAAUUAGUAACUACUCGGAACAGUAUCAAAGUACAAAAAAAUCCAUCAAUUUGGAAAAAUUCAUAACUUCUUCUUCAACCGCUCAAAAAAAUAAAUAUUUUUCACAACUUCCCAAUGAAAAAUUUCUUAUAAUUAUAUUUUUUUCAGUUCUCACAACCCUCCUAGCCACAGUUUUCGGCGCUUCAGUCAACUUUCAAGCCCAGGAUACCAAUAAUCUACCGGAAAAGUCGCAUCUAAGCCAAAUCGUCUACAUCAAUGACUUGGAAGUCGGGAGGAACGUUUUUAACUUUCCGAACAACAUGAAUGUUCGCAUUUUCUAGAUGUUUUGCUGGAAAAUUGAUAAUUUUAGGUUUAUAUAUUUGCUUCGAAAGACGAAGACGCUGAGAUGUACGAGGAACGGAUUAAAUUGGUGCCGACAGUGGAGACCUACAUAAACAGAGAUGUUAGGUAACAUUUGUUCAUUCCUUUAAGGAAAAAAUGAAUCCAGGUUUAGCUUGAUAUAAAAAAAGCAGGUUACUGUAGUUUCACUUCGGUAGUCGUAUUAGGACCAAAAAAAAACACAGUUCGAACAUCCUAUUUUCAAAUUUUACUUUAGCUUGUUACAAAAUAAUGAACCCAGGUUUAGUGAUCCAUUCACGGAUCCAGGUAAUGAAUCCGUGAAUGUUCCUUUAAUUUCAAGCGAGUUUUAAGACCUGCUUUCUAUAUAAAUUCCUUUAAAACUAGCCUAACCUUCCAGUUUGAAGUUUCACUAGUCAUAGCCAACUGAAACUGUAUCCUUUUUAAAAUAGUCUGUACAGAUUUCAAAUGUCAAGUCCUCGCUCAAGCUCCGCCCCCUAAUUGCGCGAUAAACCAAUCAGAGAGCGAGCCAUUCACAGAGCGUUUUCAAAUGACGUCAUUCUACUUGAAAUUCAAAAUCUGAACAGACUAUACAAAAAACUACCAAUCUCUCUCUCAAAACUUGCUCAAAAUUCCAGUUUUUCCGAAGCGACCAAGUUCGCUCAAUGGCCAAGGACGCCGACCUUCAGUAUGGCUUACAACUCGAUAACCGUGAUCAACAACAACUACGGGAAGGCGUCCAUGGCGCAUCCCGGGAUCAUCUACUUCGUCGUCGCCAACAACGACGACUACGGUAAUCGAUAAAAGUUAAGGAAAACGAAAUUUUCCAGUGAAUUACGUGUACGAGACGACGCCCGACGUGAAGAACGUCCAAGUGACGUCACCACAUCUUGGCAACGUCUACGUCACUUUAAUCAAUCCCGCGGGGAACUUUGCUCUGUCGAACUUCCAAGGAGUCUUUGGGGUGAAAUAAUUUCUUCUCUACAGUUUGGAAUAUUCUGACCUGUCUGCGCUCUCUUUUCCCUCAUGGAAACAUGGAAAUAGCGCGUAACUCGAGAGAGCGGAGAGAAAAUUAUUUCUCAAGUUUUGGCGAAUGCCGAAUGGUUCAAACAGUCUAAAAAAACAAAAACAAAGUGAAAACAAAUAGUCUAUUCAAAUACGGCUUGCAAAUCCCUGAAAGUUCGCUCUAACAAACAAAACUUCAAGUGGGUUCAGGGCACUAUAAAACUUCAAAAAAAAAGAGGUGACCGAUCAGAGUCAAAGUUCCUUGAAGCAAAUUACCGACAUUGAGAAGCUGGAUUUUUCUUUGUAGCUCGUUAAAAACUCAAAUUUGGUGAGGAAUUUUUUGAAUUGUUCAAAAUGAAAUACGUACCCUGCUCAGAUUUUAAAGUAUUUUUUUCAAAACGGAGUGAAUCAAAAAAAUUUGGAACAUUUUUCGUGAAUAUUUUGACAAAUAAUUAAUUUUUUUCUUCUACGAGUCAGCUAAUGAAAAAAAGUCUAAAUUAUGGCUUUAUUAACCAAAAAAAUUUAAAUAAUUUGUUUUUUUGAUAUGAAAAAAAUCCUAAAAAUCGUUUUUCCUCAUUGAAAUAGUUUUGGCGCCAAUAAAAAAAUACAGGAAAAAAAUUUUUCUCGAUUUGUCAAAAAUUUUCAUGAAGUAGGAACGUGAUUUAGUUAUUAAAGUCUUGAUUUAUUUAUCAAACGUGAUUUAUUUUUAUUAGACGUGAUUUAUUCAAAGUUUCGUGUGAAAUUCAAAAUUCUUGUUUUGAAACGAAAGUUCAGAUGACGUUCGUCACCCUGACUGCUGGAGGCGUCGCUCAAGGACAAAACUCUUCCUUCGAACUUUUUGCUCUAACGUAACCCCAUCAUAAUCUUCCUCAACAAAAACCGUUUUAAGAGAAAAAUCGGCCAGGACUAAAGCAGCGCUGCUGAUCCAAGAACCAGUGGUCACACUUCGCAAGCAGUUCGCCAUUUCGGAGAGCAGCUUCAGCUUCGAUUCUCAGUCGCUUCAAGGUGGGGAAGUGAAAAACUGGAAUUUUACGAAAAGAUCCGGGGUUUUUUUUUGAUAGCUAAUCUUGAAGGUGAGAUUUGGAAGAAUGGUUUUUCGUUGGUUACAACCCCCCCCCCCUUUUUUUCGAGGUAUGAAGCUUCCAAGCCGCCAAAAUACGCAAAUUAUGACAAAAAAGCACUUUUUUCAAGCUUAUGAAGCGUCUUAACUUGAGAAUAAGAUCAAUUACGGAACUUUUUUUUCUUGUUCUGCUGUCUGGAGGUCCAAAAGUGCCUUUCAGCAAAGUUGCAUCAAAAGUUAAAGUUUGCAUCCCUUUAAAAAAAGUCCGCUCAAAAAGUCCCCUAGAAAAAUUCCCUCCAAAAAUCCCCUUUAAAUUUAACUAGCCAUAGCCAACUAAAACGAAGUCUAUGUUUUUUUUUUCCUCAUUAGUUGAUUGGAUUUGGUUCUAAACUGAUCAAGUGCUCCACAAAAAAAUUAAAAAAAUAAAGAAUUCCGUCAUUUCGGUAGUGGUUCGCUUUUUUUUCCUAUCUUUUUUUUGUUGCUUUUAUUUAAAAAAAUAAGAUAAAAUUUAUAGGACUUGAUAAAUGUUUCUUCGAGAUGUAGCGGCACCAAACUUAAUCUUAAUCUAUCCUCAUAUUAAGCCGCUCUGAAACAGCCGAUCGAAGUUCCCAUGAACUGGUCGGACGUCUCGAUCGCCAUGUCGCCCAACUACAUGCUCCGUGAAGAUUCCACCUCCACGUCCUACGUUUUCAACGCGUCUCUCGACAAUUCUCAGUUCGACAUCGACGUCGGUUUUCCUUAUCAAUCAAUGUGUUUUUUGCUGUUUUCGGGGCUGGCAAAACACACGUAUAAUACCUUGUUUUUAGUGCAAAAAUCGUUUUGCAAACAAAUUGAGAGAACGAAUUUUGAAAUCGUAUAGAAAAAUUGGGAGGGAUCAUCGAAAUCUAGCACUUUUUAGGAAUUUUAUAGGUUGUUCUGAGAGUCAUGAUACUAUUUUGAGUUUCUACAAGUUCGAGAUGAUGUUUAAGCUUCUAGUUUUGAAACUGUUUUGAAAUCUGUUAAAACUCAAAUCACCGGAUGGUCGCACGUGGAAUGGAUCAAAGCGUUCGAUCUGCGCCAAAAAAUUAUCAGAUCCAGCUUUCAAAUGUCAAUUUCCAAGCGCAACGCAACCGCGACGCUCUGAGCCAUUCUAAGUGCGACCACGAAAAACUUCAAUAAAUAUUUUUCUGCAGCUGACCGGCGACAUCGACCCGUCCAGCACUCUAACAAUCACCUAUGAUGGCUACGACGGUCAGGGAUCAGAAACGUAAGUUUGUUCAUAAAACUUCUCGGAACGGACAUUUCUGGACAUUUCUAGGGAUCACUUAAGGGUUCUGACGCUACUUAAGUGGUCACUAGAAACGCCCAGAAACGUCCGUUUUGUGUCAUUUUUGUCCGAGUUUGAAAAUGAUCAAAAGCCUUCAAAAUUUGUGAAAGAUCAACAAAAAGAUCAAAAAAGUGGCUCAUAAUUUAAUCAAAUAACAAUUUUAAAAAAAGAUUUGUGAGCCUAAAAAAAUAAUUUUUUUCAGAAGAUCAACUUUUCAGAGACAUUCAAGGCAACAAGUAAAAAUGAAUACUUUUUGAAAUUUAUAAAAAAACUAGAAAGAUGAAACUGACAUAAGUCUUGCACUUUUUUUUUGAUGAAAUCGCUGUCUUUGCUGUGAUAUUUUGAUACAAAAAAGUUUACUUCCUUUCGAAUCAAAAAUCAGGAGUUUCAAUAUAUAUGACGCACCUUAAACUUUCUACAGUUUCUGCAGGGAAAAAAUAAAAAAUGAAGGUGUUUCAAUAUAUAUGACGCACCCCAAAUUUUCCAAUUUCUGUUGACAAAACUUCCAGGAAAAGUCUAAUUUUUCAAUUUUUCAUUUUAGACUUUCAAACAAGCCCGGUUUAAACAAGGUGUUCCGGAAUACUCGCGGUAAAACUCUCAAGAUCGACUACAAACGUGGCGACAACGACCGGACUGUUGGGAUUUUGGCACAGGUGCACUGCCGACGUGAGUUGAUGCGCAGCGAAAUUUAUAUCUCAGGAAAAAUGGUCGUGAAAACUGAAUUGAAUAAGCUGCUUCUAAAGCCCCAAAGGAGAAUAGAUAAACAUUUAUGAAGGUCUUACGACAAAGAUGACCAUUUCAGUGUUAAUUUGAGCCGUGUUUGACUUUUCGCCCUAAAAAAACCUUCUAGAACCUAAUAAAAAACCUAGUUUUCACCUGAUUAUCAAUAGAGCGCAAAAUAAUUACUAAAACGGCUAUUUUUUGAUCUUAUAUUUCAGAACCGGCCGCUCCUCGAUUCCUCAUCGGCAUUCUAACCGUCCCACUGCUCCGAUACCUUUUCUAA